CGGGCUGCGGGGAGGGGCGGGGCCGCAGUAGCGGCCAAAUGAGCCCCCGCGUCCCAAUCUCCCGCGGCCUGCCACCGGAGUGCCGGGGCUGUUGGCAGGCCAGGCCUCUGCUGUCGGCGGGCCGGCGCGGGAACGCGGCCUGGGCACAGCGAAUUCGCGGGCAGCUGCUUCUGGCGCGCUCCUGCACAAACAGCAGGGCUACCUUGCGGGUGCGUUCUGUGGCUGCAGGUGUGCUGGACGUCCUGGUCACGUGACCCGGGCGAGUCUUCUGGGCCACACCUCUGUCGGGGUCUAACCAGGGGGGGCAGAGGUGUGGCGGUGGAUAUCAGUGCUCCGUUGGGAGUGUAGUGCCGGGUCAGAGAGAAGGAUUGCGGGAGAUACCUGCUCUGCUCCCGAGUGGAGCUACCCUGACAAUACGGAGGGAGAGGAGACUCUGGAGAUGGGGUGCAGAGGUCUAGGACGCCUGCGCACCCCAGAUCUUACCCGGAGAAGACGAAGCCCCGGUCGAUGAGCUCCAAGGCCCGCGCUUCCUCUAACCGGGCGUGCCUUCUCGGAGCGCCGGGCUCCCGCCUCCUGCCAGGCCCGGAGGUGCGAGGCCUCCCCUCGGGUCUGCCGCAGGAUGAGCCUCUCCGCUGCGCUCGGGGGCUCUCUGGGGCUGCUUGUGUGCCUCGCCCUGCACCCGGCCCUGGGCACACACACCAAGCGGGACUACUGCGUGCUGGGCGCGGGCCCCGCGGGGCUGCAGAUGGCCGCCUUUCUGCAGCGCGCCGGCCGGGACUAUGAGGUGUUCGAGCGCGCGCCUGCAGCCGGCAGCUUCUUCACGCGCUACCCGCGGCACCGCAAGCUCAUCAGCAUCAACAAGCGCUACACAGGCAAGCGCAACGCCGAGUUCAACCUCCGCCACGACUGGAACUCUCUGCUCAGCCCGGACCCCCGGCUGCUGUUCAGACACUACUCGAGAGCCUACUUCCCUGAUGCUGGCGACAUGGUGCGCUACCUGCGCGACUUCGCAGACCGGCUGGGGCUUCGUGUGCAGUACAACACAGACAUUGUCCAUGUCACUCUGGAAAAGGACCGGCGGGCCUGGAACGGCCACUACUUCAUCCUAACCAACCAGAAGGGCCAGCUGUACCGAUGCAGCGUCCUUCUUGUUGCCACCGGCCUGUCAGUCCCCAACCACGUGGACUUCCCAGGCUCAGAGCAUGCAGAGGGUUAUGAGUCGGUAUCUGUGGACCCUGAGGACUUCGUGGGUCAGAACGUGCUGAUCCUGGGCCGGGGUAACUCGGCCUUUGAAACAGCGGAGAACAUCCUGGGUGUCACGAACUUUAUCCACAUGCUAAGCCGUUCCCGGGUGCGGCUGUCCUGGGCCACCCACUACGUUGGAGACCUCAGAGCCAUCAACAAUGGCCUGCUGGACACCUACCAGCUGAAGUCCCUGGAUGGGCUCCUUGAGUCGGACCUGAGAGAUCUGGCCAUCGUGAAGGACGCCAGGGGCAAGUUCCACAUCACCCUGAAAUUCUUCCUGGAGGAGACCAAUGCCAGCCAGAGUGCCAACGCCAUCCCCCUCCCCCAGGAUGACAAUGACAAUUUUGCCAUGCGGGUGGCCUACGAUCGGGUCAUCCGCUGCCUGGGCUGGAACUUCGACUUCUCCAUUUUCAACCAGUCCCUGCGACUCUCCUCUGGGAGCGAGUUCGGCAAGAAGUACCCACUGAUCAGAGCAAGCUACGAGUCCAAAGGAAGCCGGGGUCUCUUUAUCCUGGGCACUGCCAGCCACUCGGUAGACUACCGGAAAUCGGCAGGGGGUUUCAUCCAUGGCUUCCGGUACACAGUGCGCGCCGUGCACCGGCUCCUGGAGCAUCGCCACCACGGCACCGCCUGGCCCUGCACCGAGCACCCCAUUACUCAGCUGACCAACUCCAUCGUCCGGCGCAUCAACGAGGCUUCCGGGCUCUACCAGAUGUUCGGGGUGCUGGCAGAUAUCAUCCUGCUGAAGGAGAAUGCCACGAGGUUUGAGUACCUGGAAGAGUUUCCCAUGCAGAUGCUAGCCCAGCUGGAGACCCUCACAGGGAGGACGGCCAAGCACGGCCUUUUUGUCAUCAACAUGGAGUAUGGCAAAAACUUCUCAGGGCCUGACAAGGACGUCUUCUUUCAAGACCGUUCCGUGGGGCACACGGAAGAUGCCUGGCAGUCGAACUUCCUCCACCCUGUCAUCUACUACUACAGGGACCUCCCCACCGAGCAGGAGGUGAGGUUCCGCCCGGCCCACUGGGCCCUGCCUAGGCCCACAGCCAUCCACCACAUUGUGGAGGACUUCCUGACAGACUGGACCGCCCCCGUGGGGCACAUCCUCCCACUGAGGCGCUUCUUGGAGAACUGUCUGGACACCGACCUGCGAAGUUUCUAUGCAGAAUCUUGUUUCCUGUUCGCCCUCACGCACCGGAAGCUGCCCCCCUUUUGCCAGCAGGGCUACCUGCAAAUGCAGGGGCUCAUGAGCACCCAGAGCCUUCGGGAGCAUGGUGUGGAGAGCGGACUCCUGCGGGACUAUGCCACCAUGGGCCAGGUGCUGGAGGACAGCGGUCAGCAGCAUGAUGACCAGGAGCCAGUAGGUCUCCCCCUGGCCACAGGGCAGCUGAUCCAGUCCCUCAGCAGCAACAAGGAGGAGCUCUGACUGCUCUUCUAGACUGUGGGCAGAGUGGCCGGGGUUCCCCCGAGGCCCAGUCAGGCCUCCUGUUUCCUCAGAGCCUCAAACUCCCACAGACGUGUGACUGACAGAGACUGGGCAGGCCCUCACCAGGGCCGCACCAAAGCAAUCCUCGGGGCAUUUGAGGGCUGGGAUGACACGACUCCAUCAGUGGCCUUCCUCCCAUCUUGGUCCCUGGGUGCCAGGUGGCAGGGUCAGGAGAAGGGUCUCCUCCACCAGCUGAGCCCUGGCUUCCACAGCUGUCAUCUCCAAUAGACCACAAGCUGGAUCCUGGCUGUGGAGCAUUUCACAAGUGAAACCCAUCCUCAUCUUCAUAAGGGGUUGCAGCAGGUGCUGUAAAACAAAAGCUUAAUGUCCUCCACCAGGUCUUGGGCUGUGGGAUUAUUACCCCAAGACUACUGCUGAGGACCCCAGCCCAGGAGAUGUGGAGUCCCUCCCAGAGUGAUCAACCACAAGUGCCUGUGUGCAGGGGCCUCUUUCCCUGCUGCCUCACCCAUCCUGGUCCCUACUGUCAGCAUGGCUUGGACUUGGCAGCAGAACCUGGGGGCGGGAGGAGGUGGCCUGGCUUAUCUCUCGAGCACAGGGGCUGGCAUGGGGCAAACAGAUGCUCUCUGCAACACAUCAGGACUCCAGCAGGUUCCUGCCUGAGCAGCAGAACGCAGGUGCACAGAGUGCCCUGUCCCUAGGGUCACGCCACCGAGGAACCUGCAGCUCUGUGACCCUCCUGCACUCAGCCCCUGCCCAGUCCAGGUCAGUGAAGCUGCUUUUGUGCAAGGAAACAUUGGCAGAGGCUUUCGGAAGACACCUAGCUGUAAGCGCCUCUCCCUUGUUCUCCGUCACCAGGUGCGCUCCCCCCUCUGGGGCUUCGGUCUCACUUGGGCGUAAUCCACAGGAAAACAUUUGUGCACUGGGCAGUCACGGUGGCUUCUCAGAACCCAGGAUCAGGGGACUUGCUUUCUUACUAGUUGUCACCAGUUUUUCAAGGAUGCACUCAGAAUUCCAGGGACACUGAGCUUUCGAGACCCAAAUCCUGUUCCAGGAGCAUCUUCUUAGCUAGACACAGACCCACAGCCCCAUCUCGCUCUGGUUGCUUGCAGGGCUCCAGCAGGCUUAUCCUGCCGGGAGGAACUGUUGGCCCUCAAGCCCCACUUAUGAAAGUUUGCAAAGGCCAACAUUUCUCUAAGGGUUUCUCGUUAAUCCCGGGAUGUGGCACUCACUGUAUCUCAGAUAGAUUACAUGUGAACCCUAAUUGGAUGCCGUCAUCCCACCCUGUCUUUUCCAAAGCAUCUUUCAAAUGAAUCUUCCCAUCAGUACUCUGCCUGAGAUAGCAGCUCCUGUUCCACGCGUCUCGCCCACCCAGCUGGGGCUGGCUGAGCCACUUGUUCCACUAAAAUGGCGAGGCGCUGUGACAAGGAGCUGACUGAUGCCUGAGCAGGAGACAUCUGCUGCGUUUCUCUCCGUCCGCCAACCUGUCAGUGCCGUGAAAAUACCAGUCAGCCUUAUUUGUUUUUAAUAAGGCACAAUUCCAUUCUUGCUCAGUUCACUAGAGAAGCCUCCCCACGUUUUCUUUCUAUAUAAAUUAGUAGCUGAUUCCAAACAAGGAGGAUCAUGGCUGCACUAGGCGAGUCCCCAGGAGGACUCCAUCCUGGCAGACCCUCUUUUUUUUUUUUUUUUUUUUUUUUUUGAUUGAACUCAGACCCUUGCACUUGACAGGGAAGUGUUUAUUCCACUGAGCCAUCUCCCGGCCCCCAGACCCUCUUCUUACAUGCCCUCAGGUGCCACAGCUUCAGGGGUGCCAUCUUUGGGUGGCCUCCACCUCCUGCUGAGUUGGGUUCUUAUUUUUUUACUGUGUUGCCUCAGUUCCUUUUUUUGGCAAGUCUGGACUUGCCAGUAGCACAGCCCCUCUCCCAGCUGGACCUAGUUCCUGUUAAACCUUUUUUUUUUUUUUUUAAAUAUGCAAAGCUUCUGGUACAAAACAGAUAAGUCAGGGAGAUAAUCAGGAGGCCAGAAGGCAACUCUACUGUAAAUGAGAUGAUUUAAAUAAUCACCAACCAAUAAAAGAGAUUUAUAGAACUGCCUGAAAUGUUAGACCAACUGGUUAGUAACUUGGGAAAACUGUGUUUUGUUUUGUUUUUUUCAAGACAUGGUUUUGUGAUGCAGUUUAGGGUUGACCUUGAAAUCAUUUUGUAUGGACUGGGGAUAUAGCUCACUGGCACAAGCACCCGCCUGGCAAGUCCUGAGUUCAAUUCACAGCAACCCUUCUGCCUCCGCCUCCCAAGUCCUGGAAUUCUAGGUGUGUGCCGCUACAGCCAGCUUGUUUUCCUUUGGGACCCUAUUUCAUAUUAUGAAGGUAAUUUCAGAUAUGAUUUUUGAAGCCAUAUAGAAGGGAGUGUAGGAGGGGACCGUAGUCAAAGAAAGGACUUUCCAAGUUUCAGGCAACAGAAUUUUUUUUUUUUUUUUUUUUUUCUCGGAACCAGGGAUUGAACUCGGGCCCUUGGGCUUGCCAGGGAAGCUCCACUGAGCCAUCUCCCUGGUCCCCAGAAGAAUUUUCCCAGAGGAAAAUACUUAGCAUUUCCGGGCACACCCAUUCAACCCUUACUAAUUGACUAUUUUAGAGGGGGGAAAAAAAGGAAAA